CCUCUCAAAGAUCUUUGAAAGUAUUUCUGCAUCGUUAUCGCGCUUCAUCUCGAGUAGAUCGGCCACAGUCCGCUCUUCGAACCUCCCGCGAUCAUGGAUGGCGAGGAUCAACCUCAUCCUCCUCCCAGGGAGAACCGAUCCCAGGUUGACAAUGCUGUGAGAGCGAUCCAACAGAAGAAGCCAGUCCCUGAGAUUGACUUCACAUUACACACCAUGGAAGAUGGCAGCCAAGUGAGCACAAUGGAGAGAGUCUGCAAAGAUGUACAAGCACCAGCUAUGCAUCCACCGACCGAUCAGCAGUUCUUCUCCCCUCAAGACUCCUCCAAACCCAAUCUUGCUUUCUUAAAGCAACACUUCUAUCGCGAAGGGCGCUUGACCGAGGAGCAAGCACUAUACAUCAUCGAGGAGGGGACGAAAGUUCUCAAGCAAGAGCCCAACCUUCUGGAGAUGGAUGCACCCAUCACUGUGUGUGGAGAUGUUCACGGCCAAUAUUACGAUUUGAUGAAGCUAUUUGAAGUCGGUGGCGACCCAGCUGAGACGAGAUACCUCUUCCUCGGAGAUUAUGUCGAUCGAGGGUAUUUCAGUAUUGAGUGUGUUCUCUACUUGUGGUCAUUGAAGAUUUGGUACCCAAAUACGCUCUGGCUUCUUCGUGGAAACCAUGAGUGCAGACAUUUGACCGAUUACUUUACAUUCAAGCUUGAGUGUAAGCACAAAUACUCGGAGAAGAUCUACGAAGCAUGCAUGGACUCCUUCUGCGCCCUUCCCUUGGCCGCUGUCAUGAACAAGCAAUUUUUGUGCAUCCAUGGUGGGCUGAGCCCCGAAUUACAUACUCUGGACGACCUGAAGCAGAUUGACCGUUUCCGUGAACCACCUACUCAUGGACUCAUGUGCGAUAUUCUCUGGGCUGAUCCUCUGGAGGAAUUUGGUCAAGAGAAAACUUCCGAGUACUUCGUUCACAACCAUGUCCGAGGUUGCUCAUACUUCUUCUCCUACCCUGCUGCUUGCAAUUUCUUGGAAAAGAACAACCUACUUUCGGUGAUCCGAGCUCACGAGGCCCAAGAUGCUGGUUACCGCAUGUACCGCAAGACGCGUACCACGGGUUUCCCCAGUGUUAUGACCAUCUUCUCCGCUCCCAACUACCUUGAUGUCUACAACAACAAGGCAGCUGUUCUCAAGUACGAAAACAACGUCAUGAACAUCAGACAGUUCAACUGCACGCCUCACCCUUACUGGCUACCUAAUUUCAUGGACGUCUUUACCUGGUCUCUUCCGUUCGUUGGCGAGAAGAUUACGGACAUGCUCAUCGCAAUUCUCAGCUUAUGUUCAGAGGACGAACUCAAGGAAGAUACGACGAGUCCUCCUACCCCUGGUCCCAUCUCUCCACCUGUCAAUGCUCCAUUAGAUCCAGAAUCGAUCGAGUACAAGCGCAGAGCGAUCAAGAACAAGAUCCUUGCGAUUGGACGUCUUUCCCGCGUGUUCCAGGUCCUGCGAGAAGAAUCGGAGAGAGUAACGGAAUUGAAGACAGCUUCUGGUGGCAGGCUCCCUGCUGGAACGUUGAUGCUUGGUGCUGAAGGUAUCAAGAAUGCUAUCAGCAGCUUCGAGGAUGCUCGCAAGGUCGAUCUGCAGAACGAAAGACUACCUCCAAGUCAUGAGGAGGUUACGAGACAGAGCGAAGAGGGCAGAGCCCAGGCGUUGGAGAGAGCCAAAGAUGCUGCGGAUAAUGACAAAGGAUUGCAACUACUUUCUAGACGGUUGAGCACGUAGGUUGUUGCUUCUUAGUUUCG